UAUCGCCCAGGCCUCAGGAAGCUACCCGGCCCAUUUCUUGCCUCAAUCUCGGAUCUAGACAGGAUAUGGAGCUGUGCGAAAGGCCUUCAAAUGCAAUAUCAUAUCGCCCUGCAUCGCCGAUAUGGUCCUUUCGUGCGGGUAGGACCCAAUCAUGUCAUGUUCUCGGAUGCGAGCUUGAUUCCUCGGGUCUAUGGGAUCGCGAGCAAGUUCUGGAAG